CAUUUGCGGCAGAUCACAGGCUGCGUUCUGGGUAGACUUGACUCUGCGUGGAUAGACGUGUAUGCGUGAUCAGUGCCUGCCACCGCGGAUGGCGAGGGAUCUGAUCGGGCCCGCGCUGCCACCCGGCUUCAAGGCCCGCGGGACAACGGAGGACGAGGAACGGGACCCGAGCCCGGUUGCAGGACCAGCUCUGCCCCCUAAUUAUAAAAGCAGUAGUUCAGAGUCGUCAGACAGCGAUGAGGACAGUAGUUCUUUUGAAGAAGGAAAUCAAGAAUCGGAAGAAGAGGACACUGGUCCAAGUGCAAGAAAACAGAGCAGAAAUGAAGAUGACGAUGAUGAUGAUGAAGGCUUUUUUGGACCAGCCCUUCCUCCUGGAUUUAAAAAACAGGACGAUUCUCCUCCAAGGCCUAUCAUAGGUCCUGCAUUGCCGCCUGGUUUUAUUAAGUCUAUACAGAAAAGUGACAAAGGCAGAGAUGAUCCAGGACAAGUAUCAUCAUAUUUCGACUCCGAGGGAACAGAUAGCAGUGAAGAUGAGGACAUUGUUGGCCCAAUGCCUGCAAAAGGACCUGUGAGCUACAGUGUAACGACAGAGUUUGAAAAAAGGGCCCAGCGGAUGAAAGAGAAACUGACUAAAGGAGAUGAUGAUUUAUCUAAACCAAUUACAAGGGAGUCGUGGAUGACUGAGCUUCCCCCGGAAAUGAAGGACUUUGGUCUUGGGCCCAGAGCUUUUAAAAGAAGAGCUGAUGACAAAUCUGGAGAUCGAUCAGUCUGGACAGAUACGCCAGCUGACAGGGAAAGGAAAGCUAAGGAAACACAAGAAGCAAGGAAGUCAUUGAAUAAGAAGGACGAAGAGCACGUGUUGUCAGGAAGGGAAAAGAGAUUGGCUGAGCAGGUAUCCUCAUACAAUGAAUCAAAAAGAUCAGAAUCUCUUAUGGACAUUCAUCAUAAAAAAUUAAAGAAUAAGGCUGCUGAAGAUAAAAAUAAGCCCCAAGAAAGAAUACCAUUUGACCGUGAUAAGGAUCUCAAAGUUAAUCGGUUUGAUGAAGCUCAGAAAAAAGCCCUGAUAAAGAAAUCUAGAGAACUGAACACCAGAUUUUCACAUGGCAAAGGCAAUAUGUUUUUAUAAGGGGAUUUCCCUGUGCAGUGAAGAAAAGUUGAAGAAUACUCUUUUAUCUGUCUGUCCACCUUUAUUCCUUUGUUUUGAGUUUCUUAAGAUCAGCAAUAUCUUUAGUCUUAAGAACCAUACAAACUUACCUUGUUCUGUGCGUCGUUUAAAGUCAUGUGGAAACAUAAGAUCUGUGUUCCUUAUGUAGAGUAGAGUUUCAUGUGUCUUUGGCUUCUGAGGAAGCCUGGGCUUUUCUUCAAAUAAUUAUUUCGAAGAUUCCCCCCUACUCCCUGAACUUCUCUGGUGUCUCACAAGUACCCCGGGACCUCCUCGUCGAAGGUUCCUAAGCUACGCUGGAGUACGUGUGUCAGGUCCUUAACGGGAAAUCCACGACUUUGAAAUCAUUUGGGUCUUCCCUCUAUACUGCAGCUGGUGACGACACGUUUACUUGAAACCAGAGGGUGUAGAGGUUUUGUCUGUUUUGUCAUCAGUUUGCUUGUUUGGGCACUCAGGGCUUUUUAUUUGUCGUUUGGGUUUUUUGGUUAUUUAAGUGAGAAAGAGGGACCUCUGUGUUGUCUUGUGUGCUAAGGAAAAACUAUUUUGAUUUUUCCAACUUUAAUGAGUAUUUCUAGGGGAGGCCAUCUGAGGGACAAGAUACGCCAUUAACCAUUAGCAGUGUCAAGUCCAGACUCAGACUCUGUGAUCUCAGCCAAAGCUUUCUAAGUCUUUAAGCUCUGCUUUGGGAUGAUCUUACUUCACCCAUUUAUAGUUAACAGAUUUUAGCUAAUUUAUUGAGGACAGAUCUUUUAUAUCAAUCAUGAAUAUAGCCUUUUUAAAAAGUCAGACUCAUAAUCCCUGAAUACAAAAAUGUAACUGGAAACUGUAGUCAUAAGCACUCCAAUGGGAGUAUAAUGAGUUUGUAAUGCUUUCAGCACUGCCUCUUAAGAUGUGACAUGGGAAAUGCUAAAUAGUUAAAGCCUAAAUUCAAAUUCUGUAAGUUAUAUUUUCUUACAGAUUAAGCCCAGUUGUUCUGCUAGGUGUGUGUCCUAAUUUUGAUGAAGCACGAGGUUUUAAUGGAAAAUGAUUCUGAGUCCUAGUUGAUUUAGGCUUUACGGAAGUUGAGUACACUGUCCAGUCCAAUUAUGGUACAAAUUACCCUCCUUCUAAUCAUAGCAGUACAAUAAUGCUUUCUGUAACAUCAGUACAAACAGUAGACUACUCAAGGAGUGUCGCUAUUAACAAAAUGAAUUAUUCUCCUGAGCAAAUUGAAAAAGCUUCUAGUCUAAGCAGAAUUGGACAGAACUACCAUUUGACUGAAGAUGUCAUUUUUAGUAGGUGAUAUUUUCUGAACACAAAACUUUGUACAAGAACCUCUAUUGCUUUCAUGUAAUUUUCUUACAAUUUUUUCCCCAAUGGAAGGAAGAAAUAUUUUCUAGUUCCUCAUCCUCAUGUGAAUUCUCAACAUAUAUUUUUGGGAAGUUUGGUAUUUUUUAAGGUGAAAAUGUCGUCUCUGGAUACUUAUUUUUGCUUUGCUCUCAUCUCAAGGGGAUAGGGGUGUUUCUGUAUUACGUGUUCACUCUUUCUUCCCUCCCCCUUGGAGUGUCCAUGACCUUAGCAAAAGGGAGCAGAGCUUCUUCUGCCUGAUCCUUGCCGUGAGAUACCACCUCACUGGCCCCUCAGGUCUGAAGCUUUUUCCUGCCCCCCGCAGGACAGUUUUAACGAAGUUUAAGCCCAGAUCAGAGGGUUUUUUGCCCCUUGGAGAGACUAACCCCAACAACAUUGAUGAUAAAGAGCAAAGGGGCUAUUGGCACAGCAUGGCAAGGUGUUCUUCACUUCAUCCCGUCCCAUCUUCCAAAGCUGCAAAUGGCCUCAUUAAAUCAAGUCUCCUGUCCAUCUGGCAGAAAAUUGAGAUUGUGGACAUUUUCUAAUAAGAACUUUUUAAUUUCCUACACCUCUUGGCCAAAUUUUGUAGAACUGAUACCUCUUUUGAAACUUAAAAGUGAAGAAAAAAGAGCAACACUAAAUUCAAAAGUUUGCUUGAACUGUUGAAGGUGACAUUUAAGUUCAUUGUACUUAAAAUUAUAUAAUUUUGUCCAGCUCUCUAAAUUGUCGUCUCAGAUAGAUUUAGAUGCUUCAAAUAAUAACCAUGUUACUGGUAAAUAAAUGGCUUUAGCAAGUGGAAUUGGGAGGGGAGACAAAAGGUGAGAGAUGGUGGCUGCACCCAUAAAAAGACUGUUUUAUCAGAUAAAUUGAAAAUCCUUUUUGUAUCGGGCAAAACAUUGUAAAUUAAGCCCUGCUGUUAAAAAAAAAAGCCACAGUCUUCUAAGAGUUUUUAAUCUCGUUGGGAUGUAGCAACCACUUGACUUUUAAUUUAUCACAAACAUUUAAUGGUUCUUUGAAUUAAUUUCUUUUUUAGAAGUGAGGUUGAGCUUUCAAUGGUACUGAGGCUUACAUGCUCCAGAUUAGAUUAAUGACUAUUAUAUAAAUUAUUUGAUCCCAAAACAUUAUGGCACUUUUUGUUUCUUUUAUAGGGUGGAUAAUGUUAAUAUUAUUACUCAGAAAUCUAUGAUCAUGGGAGAUAAUUUUUAGACUGUUUACAAGAGCCCUUAUCACUUCUCUUUUCACUUUUUCCAUGGUAAUGAUAGGUGUUGUUAGUAAAAAAUUCUCUGUUGAGUUAUAAACCUACAAGGAAGAAUUACCACGGAGGGAAGUGGUUAGAGAUAGGACCCAUGCACAUCAGCACCAGGUCUUCUGUCUCAGAAUAUUAAUUUGUUUUAUUUUGCCUUUUGAUGCCAUCUUGUGAUUUAAGUCUGCAGUUAUAAAGGUCAUGCAUUUCCUAUUAUAGGAGAGGUAUAUUUUUUGCAGCUUGAAACAUUAAAUGUGAUUGUAUUAUGUAGAAAAUUAAAAAGCUAUACACUGCCCCUUUCAAUCUUUUCAUUUUGAAAUUUACAAUUAAAAGACGUUUUUAGAAGAGAAGAAUUCCUGAAGUGUAAUUUUUUUAUGUAUAAAUAAAGUUUCAUCUGUAUCUGAGAA